AUGGAACAGCCAAAAGGAUUUUUUGAUUCCAAUUAUCCUACACAUGUAUGUCUUCUAAAGAAAGCUAUCUAUGGUCUUAAGCAGGCACCCAAAGCCUGCUUACUCAUAUCUCAACUGAGUUCUAUCUUUGCUAUGAAAUACCUUGGAAAUCUACAUUAUUUCCUUGGUAUUGAAGAUGAUAUGUCAAGUUAUCCUCAGUCUAUACUUCUUACACAGCAAAAGUACACUAUUGAUCUUCUUACAAGGUCAAAAAUGCUUGAUUGCAAGCCUUGCAGCUCUCCAGUCACUACUGACAAAAGACUAUCUAUCUCUGAUGGCACCUUACUUGCAGAUCCAUUGCAGUAUAGAAGCUUAGUAGGUGCAUUGCAGUAUCUCACUCUCACCAGACCUGACAUCAACUUUGCAGUGAACUAUGUAUGUCAGUUCAUGCAUGCACCAACAGAUUCUCACCUUCUCCUAGUCAAGCGUAUUCUCAGAUACUUAAAAGGAACUAUAGAUACUGGGAUUACUCUGUUUGCAGGUGACAUUGGAUCCAUAAGUGGAUACUCAGACUCUGACUGGGCUGGGUGUCCAGAUACUAGACGUUCUACAUCUGGUUUCUGUGUGUUUUGGGGAGAUUCUCUCAUCUGCUGGCAAUUAAAGAAACAGCCCACAGUUUCUCAAUCUUCUACUGAAGCUGAGUAUAAGGAAGUCGGUCUUCUAGCGACUGAUGUUAUGUGGCUCUCACACCUUCUUGAAGAACUGGGUAUCAUUCUUACAAGGCCAUUCAAACUAUACUGUAAUAAUCUUGGAGCAACUUACCUUGUCUCCAACUCUGCUUUUCAUGCUCGCACCAAGCAUAUUGAUAUCAACUAUCACACAGUGAGGGAGUUGCACGAGUUUGGUGAUGUUGCAGUCUUCUUUAUACCAUCUUCUGAGCAACUAGCUGAUAUCUUCACCGAAGGCCUCGUUGUCUCACAUUUUCAAGAUUUAAGGUUCAAACUGAUGAAGUACCCUUCAUCUGUUUGA